AGUUAGUGCGCCAUCAGAAGUUUAUGUGAGAGUUACUGAAAAGCUUUUUAUAGGAGUCAAACAAGAUUUUAUUUCGCAAGUAGCAACCAGAGAAGCUUUUUAUUUGUCCCAGUCCGGCUUGACUGGUACCAAGGAGGAGGAGGAGGAGGAGAACCGCAGAUCUGUCCCUGCUCUGCGGACUGGUUUGACUUGUCAGGGAUCCUCCGGCAGAGAAUGUUUCUGAGCCGCAGUAAACUCUGACCAGUUGGCUGGAAAAAGAAGCGAACCGAGCAGCGGGAAGAACCGGGGCGAGGAUGGCCGAGCCGGCGUUCAAAACCACCGGAUCCAAGUGGCUGCUGCCCGUCAGUGAGCUGCUGGGUUUCCCUCUGGACCAGGUGAAUUUUCUGGCCUGCCAGCUGUUUGCUCUCUGUGCUGCCUUCUGGUUCCGUCUCUACCUCAGUCCUCGACAUGCCAACCCUCUGGUCCGACACGCCGUGGCCACGCUGCUGGGCAUCGCUUUUCUCAUCUUCUGCUUCGGAUGGUACUCGGCUCACAUUCUGACUGUGGUGUUUGCAAACUACUUGAUCAUUAUCAACAGUGAUAUCAACAAUGUCCACAAGUAUUCCAUGCUGACCGCUAUGGGCUACCUGACAGUAUGCCAAGUGAGCCGAGUCUUCAUCUUCAACUAUGGGAUUCUUUCCACGGACUUCUCUGGACCUUUGAUGAUUGUCACCCAAAAGAUCACCACUCUGGCCUUCCAGCUGCAUGAUGGUAUGUGUAAGAAACCCGAACAGCUGACGUCAGAGCAGAAGCUUAUGGCCAUAAACGUGAGGCCUUCUCUCAUCGAGUACCUGAGUUAUAACCUGAACUUCCUGAGCAUCUUGGUGGGGCCGUGCAGUAACUAUAAGGAUUAUACAGACUUCAUCGAGGGCCGACACAUCAGCAGGAGGCUCAGGCUGCACUCUGGAACCUGUAAUGGACAGAAUGGAUAUGAUAAGACUCCAGAACCGUCACCUACGGAUUCUGUCUGUAGAAAGCUGCUGGUCUGCAGUGGCUGCAUGCUCUUCUUCCUCACUGUGACUCGUUCUUUGCCGAUAAAGUACAACGUCGACCCCGACUUCGUCAGCAGAGCCUCUUUCCUCACCAGGCUCACAUACGCCUUCUUCUCCAUACAAGCUGCGAGGCCCAAAUUCUACUUUGCCUGGACACUAGCUGACGCAGUGAACAACGCUGCCGGUUAUGGUUUCCUGGGGAUGGAUGAAAAUGGAAAACCAUCCUGGGACCUGAUCAGCAACCUCAACAUCAUUGGGAUCGAGACAGCAACCAGCUUCAAGACCUUCAUAGACAACUGGAAUAUUCGAACAGGAAUUUGGCUCAAGACGGUUUGUUACGACCGAGCGCCGAAGCACCGGCUGGCGUUGACCUUCAUCCUGUCGGCUCUGUGGCACGGAGUUUAUCCAGGAUACUACUUCACCUUCCUCACUGCCAUCCCUAUCACUGUGGCUGCCAGAGCUGUGAGGAAGUCUGUUCGCCACCUCUUCCUUGGCUCCAGGGUUUUGAAGUCGGGUUACGACAUCCUAACUUGGGCAGCCACUCAGUUCGCCAUCUGCUACACCGUCAUGCCUUUUCUGCUGCUCGCAGUCGAUGACACUCUGGUUUAUUACAGGUCCAUGUACUUCCAUGUGCACAUCAUCAGCAUUCUGGCUGCGGUCGCCCUCCAUCGGAGACAUAAACCCAGGGAACCCUCGGCCUCCUCAGCUCCGUGCUCAGCCCAGUGCCAGCCUGUUCACUCCAACAACAAUGACAAAGUGGACUGAAAAGCUCCUCUUCACGUUCUUUUACCAGCUGCUCAGAGACAAGUGAGUAUCCCCACAGGGCGACUUAAAAUGGAGAAAACUUUGCGCUAUUUAUUUUUUGGACCGUACGGAGUAAAGAGACAGACGAUGCCAGAUUUGUUACCUGUGGCGCUGAAUUUACACAAGACGAUGCAUCAGACAUGAACUCAGCAGGCUGACUGUACAGAGAAACUCUGAGUGAACGCUGGCCUCCCUCCACUCUUCCCCCCCCCAGCUCCCCACUGUCCUCCACCCCACCUCAGCACCAGCCUGCCCCCUCCAGCAACAAUGCAACAGUGUGAAGACAGAAAUGAGGCUCACUUUCGUUGCUGUCCUCCAUCCGCACUGUCCCACUGACUGGCUGGACUGAAGCCAGCGCAGUGGGAGAGCAGCUCAUAAACAGGCCGCAAAUACCACAAAAACGCGUGCAUAAACAGACGCUGGGAAACAAAUAUGCACAUACUCUCUCUCGGACACGCUUGCACUCGGUCGCACUCGGCCGGCACACAAAGGCCGCUCUUGUGAGGCCACAACAGAGCUCGCCAAGAGGGGCGAGCUGCACCCUCUGCACCCAGAUGAUGUAGAUUUAUGUAAGUUUCAACCCACCGUCGUCUAUCAGUGCAAAACUGUGCACUGUGUCAGUAUUUAUCCCACUGAAAACCUCAUGAAAUACUCAUCAGAUCCUGCAGCUCUGGAAGCAUCGCUAUUUCUGCUGUGGUGGAGUUUUCAGGUCGGACAGCAGCUCCUCCAGGUGAGGAAACUGCAGAAAAAGAAGAAACUUGCACAGUUAACAAAUGAUAAAAUGGUGGAAAUGUUGGAAGCAUAAAAGCACUUUUCACAGUCUAGUCAGCAAUACACUUUCCUGUCUUUUUUUUUUUUUUUUUAAUUUUUUGUAGCAGCAGGGACUUUAACAGUGACACAGUUUCUAAUAUGUUAUCAUGAGUAUGGUGCUGGAAACCUGCUAUCAUGAUACAGUCAGUGAACAAAAAGCUGAGAGGAAAUCCACUUAACUUUUCUCACUUUUUGGACGAUGCAAGAACAGAAAAUAUGACAAAAAACAGCAAGUCAAAUGUGUUUCCUCUGAGUGGUGCUGUGUUGGAUCUGUGGUUCUCUGCAGGAUUAAGAGUCUGUUUUAAGAGAGACAUCUGGUGGUUGUUUGUGUCUCAACUGAGCUGAAUGAAGCGACGAAGGUAAUUUACAUGUGGCUGAAUCAGGCUGUCGUCCUUCAGCAACUUCAUGAGCUGAUUUUUGUUCCACCGAUAUUAUAAUUUAUCAUCAAAAUUCGCAUUUUUCUGUCUCUACUGGUAUUUACUUUUUGCACAGUUGAAGUUGCUGGAUAUUUUGAUCACAGUAGGAAGAAAUUAGCACUGUUGAUGAUGGUUUGGGAGCUUGUGGCACAGUGGUUUGGUUAAUAUUGGUGCUACCUGCAGGCUUUCAGCUGCAUUUAUUCUAACAAGGUUUGCUGGCUAUGCUAAGACGUUGCAAUGCAAGAACUUGAAAUCUCUUUAAAUGGGUUUCCAACGGAAAACGCAUUUUAUUUCCGUGGGUUUAACAUGUUUGUGCACCAGGUUUGCCUAUUUAAUAACACUGGAGAAACAAUCUUAAUGUAUUUUGUUGCCUGCUUUGGAAGAAUGUGCAUUUUCCAGCUAUUUUGGCUCAGUUUAUAUAUUAACUCAGCCCUCUAAUUCCUCCAAUUUCAAACCUCAGAGUAGAGCCAUGUUUUCUUUUAUAUACAGUUUUCCCUCCUGAGAGAUGCAUAAAAAAAGACAUUUCUUAUCUUUGCUGCAGUGUGAAGGAGCAUUGUAUGAUGGAGUCCGGGCACAAAUGAAAUUAACAGUAAUGAUUGAAUAAACGCUGCAGGGGAUUAUUUAAGAUUUUAACUCUGGGGGAGGAAAAUACAAAUUAACCUAAUGAGUCUCCUUUGGCUAAUUCUUCCCUUUAUGACUAAAUCUUUUUAUCUGCAGCCAUGUUGGAUUAAAGAUGCCACCAGUUAAUUUUUUGUUGAUUAUGUUUGAAUGCACAUUAUCAGCUCUUAUGGAGUUAAUGAAGUGUCAAUAAUGAAGCCCUGAGGGCCCAAACACUGGCAAUUUCUUUUGCAAGAUGCUAUUUUGUUAGCAACUCUAAACUUUUAGACCUGAAAGAAAAAGAAAUCUGAUGAUAGUACACUUAAACGAGGGACGUAAUUCGUAGUACGGCUUUGCUAUAAUAAUAAAAGUCUAAUACCAUUUUGUAAAACAGAGUAAUUGGAACUGUCCAUAACUUUAAAUUUGUCUACAUGUUUUUAGAGCAGAACUGAGCAAUGAGUGACAAAUAUACAGUAUGAAUCUGUUGUCAGAAUGAGCAGCUAUUUGAGUGAUUUAAUAAUGAAUUAUUUUUUGUGUGUGUGUGUGUUUUGCAGAUGUGUGUGUUAUCUAAAUGUACUGACUGUGAGAGUGUAUGUGAAUUAUUUUAUUACAAGCUUGCUUCAUUUUAGUAUUUGUUCGUGCGGAGGAAUGAGUGGUAUCAAGAAAUCUAA